GUUAUUGAAAAAAAAUUACAGUUGCGUAAAUUAUGGAGAAGGCGUCAAAGAAGCUAUUUAUUUUCAGUCUCUGCAUCAUGUUUGGUAUUUUAGUAACAAGAAGAUGCAACGCAACUACAUACUUUGUAGGAGACACGUCCGGUUGGGACAUAAGCUCCGAUCUUGAAUCUUGGCCUCUAGGCAAGCGAUUCUCUGUUGGUGAUGUUCUAAUGUUCCAAUACUCAUCGACGCAUAGUGUCUACGAAGUGGCGAAAGACAACUUCGAAAGCUGCAACACUACGGACCCGAUCCGUACGUUCACAAAUGGGAACACGACCGUUGCUCUGUCCAAACCGGGAGACCGGUUCUUUGUCUGUGGUAACCGGCUCCAUUGCUUCGCUGGUAUGAGGCUACAAGUUAAUGUCGAAGGCAAUGGCCCAUCUCCUGCCCCUGUGGGUGCUCCACGGGCCGCCCCAGCAGGAACUCUUCAGCCAUCUUCUAAAAAGAAUAACCCUGCGACCGGGGUUGCUAGCUCGGCUGCCCACGUUGGUGGCCGCGGUCUGAGGGGUAGUAUGAAUUAUUUUGUAUAUUUGAUGGUUUUUACUUUUCCUUUGAUAUUGUAUUUUAUUAACAACUAACAUAUAAGAGUUUUUUUUAAUAUAAGAGUUUUCAUA